GCCAUGAGAGGGUACCUUGUGGCCAUAUUCCUGAGUGCUGUCUUUCUCUAUUAUGUGCUGCAUUGUAUAUUAUGGGGAACAAACAUCUACUGGGUACCACCUGCGGAAAUGAAACGGAGAAAUAAGAUCCAGCCUUGUUUAUCGAAGCCAGCUUUUGCCUCUCUCCUGAGGUUUCAUCAGUUUCACCCUUUUCUGUGUGCAGCUGAUUUUAAAAAGAUUGCUUCCUUGUAUGGUAGCGAUAAGUUUGAUUUGCCCUAUGGGAUAAGAACAUCAGCGGAAUAUUUUCGACUUGCUCUUUCAAAACUGCAGAGUUGUGAUCUCUUUGACGAGUUUGACAAUGUGCCAUGUAAAAAGUGCGUGGUGGUUGGUAAUGGAGGAGUUUUGAAGAAUAAGACAUUAGGAGAAAAAAUUGACUCCUAUGAUGUAAUAAUAAGAAUGAAUAAUGGUCCUGUUUUAGGACAUGAAGAGGAAGUUGGGAGAAGGACAACCUUCCGACUUUUUUAUCCAGAAUCUGUUUUUUCAGAUCCCAAUCACAAUGAUCCUAAUACUACGGCGGUUCUCACUGCUUUUAAGCCGCUUGAUUUAAAGUGGCUGUGGGAACUGCUGACGGGUGGCAAAAUAAACACUAACGGUUUUUGGAAGAAACCAGCCUUAAACUUGGUCUACAAACCUUAUCAAAUCAGAAUAUUAGAUCCUUUCAUUAUCAGAAUGGCAGCUUAUGAACUGCUUCACUUCCCAAAAGUAUUUCCCAAAAAUCAGAAACCCAAACACCCAACAACAGGAAUUAUUGCCAUCACUCUGGCCUUUCACAUAUGUCAUGAAGUUCACCUUGCUGGUUUUAAAUACAACUUUUCUGACCUCAAGAGUCCUUUGCACUAUUAUGGGAAUGCCACCAUGUCUUUGAUGAAUAAGAAUGCGUAUCACAAUGUGACAGCGGAGCAGCUCUUUUUGAAGGACAUUAUAGAAAAAAACUUUGUAAUCAACUUGACUGAAGAUUGACUCUACAGACUCAGAAGACGACGCUAACAGUAUUAGUUUUAUUUUUAUACGGCAAUUUUUAGUUUAUUUUUAAAUAUGUUGGAUGCACUUGUCAAAAAAUUGUGUAUAUUAAGUCUUUUACUGCCUGGUGAUUCAUAACCACCAGCUUAAUUUUUGUGAAUAUAUUUAAUUUAUAAAAACCAAGAUAUGCUUAGUUAAGAUAUCAGGGAAAGAAGUUUUGAUUGCAUUGUUUUUAAAACAAGGUAGUUUUCCGAAGUGUUUCUAAACAUCUUUUUAUAAUUAGUUCAUCUUAGACUUUUGAGAGGAUGUGACUUCCUAAUAAGGGGCUUUAGUUGACCACAAGUUUUGAGCACAACAUUUGGCUACUGUAAAUUGGUGGGGAAUGGCCAUGUGUUUGUGCCUUGAUGUGGCAAACUGGAACCACUUUAGGCAUGUAGCUAGAUGAUUGUUCCUUUUUGUUGUAGCUGAGGAAACAAAUUUGAAUCUUGAAGCAGCCCUGAACAUAACAGUAGGUAUGGUUAUGGAAAUCUAAGAUCAUACUGUUUUCAUUAAGCUUUUUUUGUCUUGCAAUUAAGUGAACCAUGAUUAUAAUGAGUAAUCGGGUAGAAGGAAGGUGGUGUUUUUAAGGUGAAGGAAAUAGGCUAAACAUGAAAUUUUGGACAAGUAAAUAAUCUAAGAAUGCAAUUACUAAAGCCUGGUGACUGCAUUAUUUUAAAGCUCAUACAAAGUAGCUGAGCUAGGCAAGCUCAAGGAGACCAUUCUUAAAUUUUCUGCCUGGCUUAAUAUAUUAAAAUUUGAAAGUUUACUAUUUGAAUUAGGAAAAAUGAAGAUAAAUCCUUGAGACUAAACAAGCUGUUUUUUGGAUUUAAAUGGGAAUUUCAUGAACAAUGUCAAUUCUUCAAAGGGAAGGCUUACCUGGCUGCCUAGGGUGCAUCAGAGAAGAGUCCUACUGGAUGCAAACAAGUCAAAACCAACCUUUCGAACAAAUGUGAGCUAGUGACCCUUCUCAUUUAAUACAGCCAAGGGCUAUGGGGAGGGGAAAAAGGAAGAGAAGAGAAUUACAAGAGGGAUGGAAUUAAAAGUUCUCAGAAGAGGUAAGAGUUGAAAGAAUUAUUAAUCUUUUGAACAAUAAUUAUCAUUGGGAGACACGGCUGGUGUUACCGGAAACCAACCUGCCUCUCUAAAGAGUAUGUCAAACGCAGUAUAAGGGGGGAGAAAACUCCGGGUUGAUUUAAGCCAGAUCUGGACAUUAAAUAUGGACUGUGUUCUGUUAGCACGAGCAUGCUUGCACAGUACCAUGGUUUCACUGGAUUCCUCUAAUAACUCUGAGGUGGAAAAGAUGGGUGUUCGCGUGACCUUUCCCUCCUACCACACAGUCAGAGUUUACCACACAAAAUGCAGUUUGUGAACUAAUUUAGGCUUCAAAAAUGGAUGGUCCGGGCUGGAGUAAAAGUAAAAAACCACUAGUAGCAUUUUCAAAUGUUACUGUAAGGUCUAGAAUAAUGGCAGUACAAUUUCUGAGCGAUGCUAAAACUGAGGAAUCUGGCAUUUUGUGUAGUAUGAGAAAAGGCUACACACUUCAACGUGGUUUCAUAUAAGCCAAAGGAAAUUCUCAGCAAGACACAUAUGUACAAUUUAUUAAAAACACACGAACACAUUAAGAUCUCACUAUUUAUACAAUCUAAAUUCUAGCAACAUAUACAAAUACUGAGUGACUACAGUACAUGCCGAGGUAAGAAAAGUACAUUCUGGGAGAAUAUCACUGACCCUCAAACCAUUUUUAUUUCCAAUAUGUAUUUCAAUGUUUUGUUUCCACCUUUCCCAGUGCCAAAAAAACAAAAACAAAAAAACUAGUCACAAAUUGGAGUAAAUAAUUGGUGCCACAGUUGAACUAAAAAGUAUUUUAAUAACCAUCCAACACUUACUAGAUUUUGCAGUUUAGGGACUUCAAGUUCAGAACAGAAAAGCAGAGCUAAAAGGCAGUUUUUCUUAAAGGUAGAGCCCAACAGAUCUCUCUUAAAAGGGUUUGAAAAGUUUUUGUCCCACAAUCUUAGUUCUGUCCUCUGACCUGGUGCUUCCAUAGCCCUUAUGCUCUCCAGGUGUCAAUGUGGGGCCAAGGCAAAGAAGUUCAAGCUUUCUCACCUUCCACAGAAUUUUAGAUAAGUGCAUUUUCUACUGGGGCAGGGGAGGACAAGAGUGCACAUGACACCAUAGUUUCAACUGCUGUAUAAAUUCUCUACACAAACCAUUUCAUCAGCGGAUAAACCCAUUGUUCAAUGCAAAGUGCAAAUAGUGAAACUUGAAUUUAAAUAGCUGGACUAGACCCUGCACAUACAAUAGGAUCUAUUUAGUGUUAUAGCUUUUAAUAAAAUAUAAAUCAGUAUUCACAAUAUCUUUAACUGUGCUGUUUCCUAAGAUUAUGUAACAGUGAAGUUGGUGUGACUUUAUGAAAACCUGCAGGGGCCACACUUGCUGUACCACUGAUUCGAUUUUAUCAUUGUGUUAACAGGAAAAAAAAUCCAAUAAACCAGAGUGACUUAAGUCUUUAACAUGUUUCAAGCAAAGAAUAAAAAUUCAAGGGAAUUUAGUAACGAAAAAAAAAAGAUACUUUCACAUUUUCAGUUGAUUGUCUCCACAGCUGCAUCAGACAUAUAAAUGUAGUUAAAACCCAAAACAAAACUCUAAUAUGAAAACAAAUGAACUAAAAGUACAAAACCAGAAUAACCCUUUGUAUCAGGCUCAGCUCUUCAUUUGGAAAGUAAAAUAUACAAAGGCAAUAAAAACUAUUUUGUAAAAAUCACUCGUAGUUCAAGGACCGCACAGUGGCAAAAACAUGCAUCAUUUGAGAAGAAAACAUUUGCCUCUCAAAAAAAAGUUCCAUGGGAAAAUCAGGUGCACAAAAUUAAAUAAAAACAAGCAUCUUUGGGAAAAUGGGAUCAUUUAAAGCUUCUCAAACAGGCAUGUGAUUGGAGAAGUAUAUUCACUGUGUACUGAGGAUAAAUAAAAAAAUAAAUUGGUUUACUCUCUUCCCACCUGAAAGGGGAUGACUGCAUUAAUAAAUGUGCUUUACACAUUCAUGUCUUAAUAAAGUUCAACAUCUGUGCUUUUUGUUUCAAAUGUCUGGAAACAAUAUAUUUUUUCAAUGAAUAAAAUUAUGCCUCAAA